AUGCCCAAGGCCAGCAGCGUGCUCGUCCUCGCAGGGCUCCUGGUUCUCUGGGCAGAGCUGCCGCCAGCAUCCGCCCAGAAUGUCACGACGAAAGCCGGCGUGUGCCCGGACCCAGCGACAGAAGAAGCGAACUGCACAGUGGGGUGCCAGUCCGAUGGCGACUGCGAGAGCACCCUCAAGUGCUGCCCGGCGGCCUGUGGCAAGGCCUGCCAGGAGCCCAACGAGAAGCCCGGCACCUGCCCACCCGUGAAGCCAGGGAUCCCCAUGCUGGGGCUCUGCGUUAACCAGUGCAAGACGGACUCCAACUGCCCCGGGAGCCUGAAGUGCUGCAGGAACGGCUGCGGCAAAGUCUCCUGCGUGACUCCCUUCUACUGAGGCACAGCCUCCUCCUGCCAGCCCAGCCACAGGGAAGCUGCUGCCCGACGCGAUGCCCGCACAUUCAGGCCCCCCCGCGCCCUCCU